GAGAGAGAGAGAGAGAGAGAGAGAGAGGGGAAUGGAGAGCGGGGCGGUGAGGUACGGGAUCAUAGGGGUGGGGAUGAUGGGGAGGGAGCACAUGGUCAACCUCGCCCACCUCCGCAGCGAGGGUGCCACUGUCACCUGCGUCGCCGACCCCCACCCUUCCUCGCUGGAGCACGCCCUCGACCUCGCCCGCUCCCUCCACGCGCCACCUCCCGCGGUAUUUCCAGGACAUCGUCAGCUAUUAGACAGUGGGCUUUGUGAUGUUGUGGUUGUGUCAUCUCCAAACAUGACGCACUUUGAAAUUCUCAUGGAUAUAAUUAACCAUCAUAAGCCCCACCAUGUUCUCGUGGAAAAGCCAUUAUGCACUACUGUUGAGGACUGCAGAAAGAUUGUGAAUGCAGCCAAGCAGCGGCCAGAUAUUCUAGUCCAAGUUGGACUAGAAUACAGGUAUAUGCCUCCUGUAUCUAAACUAAUUGACAUAGUGAAGAGUGGAAUACUCGGGCAUGUCAAAAUGGUGGCAAUCCGCGAACAUCGAUUUCCUUUCCUGGUUAAGGUCAACAAUUGGAACCGUUUUAAUGUUAACACUGGGGGAACUCUGGUUGAGAAGUGUUGCCACUUUUUUGAUUUGAUGAGGCUGUUCGCAGCCGCAAAUCCUGUUCGUGUGAUGGCUUCUGGAUCUAUUGAUGUUAACCACAAGGAUGAGACUUACGAUGGAAAGGUGCCAGACAUCAUUGAUAAUGCAUUCGUGAUAGUAGAAUUUGAUAAUGGUACUCGUGGCAUGCUUGACUUGUGCAUGUUUGCUGAAGGCAGCAAGAAUGAGCAAGAAAUAUCUGUCGUAGGUGACAUUGGGAAGGGUGAGGCCUUUGUUCCUGAGAGCAUUGUACAUGUUGGCCUUAGAGCUGAAGGAAGAGCUGGAGUGAAGAUAGAAAAAGCCGAGGAUGCACGAAUCAAGUAUGAUGGACUACAUCAUGGAUCAAGCUACCUGGAACACCUGCAUUUUUUAUCUGUGAUCAAAGGUGAAAGUAUCGAUGCCCCUGCCGUCAGCUUGAUGGAUGGUCUGUUAUCUGUUGCAAUCGGCGUUGCUGCUCAACUUUCAAUCGAGAAAGGACGCUUUAUUACCAUUCAAGAGAUCUUGCGAUGCUAGGACUUAUGAUCAUUCAUUUCAAGGUAUUCGAUGACUAUUAAGGCUUAUAUUUUAUUUUUUUGUUCAUAUAUUAACAUUGAUCCUUUUGAGAUCCAGCAUUAGUUACCUCCUUGUAUUGUUCCUAUACAAACUUAAACAUGAGCUUUAUCAA